AUGGACGCACCUCUCCCGGACUACUAUCGAACGUUGGGUGUCUCGGCAACGUCGUCGUCUGCAGAGAUCAAGGAAGCCUACAAGCGACGUUCGCUCAAGACCCAUCCGGAUCGAUUCCCCAACGCUACGCCUGCCGAACGUCAACGCUACACGCAAAAGUUCCAAACGCUUGCCGACGCCUACUACGUGCUCUCGGACACGGACCGACGUCGCGAAUACGAUCAGCUCCGACGCUCUCGACCCUCGACCGAUUCGUUCUACUCGAACGCGACGUACGACGAGGACGACGAGGCCGCCUCCGAGUUCAGCGAGAAGGAGCAGAGCUACUCGGCCAACUUUUUCCAGAGCUUCUUCCCCGGCGCGUUCAAGCAGGAGGAGCACGAGCAGGAGGAGGCCGAUCAGAACGGCACGCAGACCAACGAGGAUCGUAGGAGGAGAGCCGGAAGCCACCAGCCUCAGGCAGACGGUGUAUUCGCAAACGUAUUCGAGGAGCUGCUGAGACCGGAGGUGCAGCGUGUCGCUCCGUUUUGGAAGUGGGUCGGCGGUGCGUCUGGUACAGCGCUCGGGUUUAUCGUUGGCAACAUUCCGGGUGCGCUCGCGGGUGCUUUUGCGGGAAGCCAAUUGGGCAGGAUCCGAGACGCAAAGGGAAAGAGUGUGGCGGAAGUGUUCAUGUCGCUGGGAUCGGCGCAGAGGGCUGAAGUUUUGACCAACCUGCUUCAACGCGUGCUGAACCAGCAAAGUCGACCAACGUCGCAAUGA